AUGGCUCAGUUCCUGCGAGGAAAGCAAGCUGGUAUCCAAAAGGACCUGUCCGAGGGCUUGUCCCCGGACUUGUUCCUCUUGGACGAUUUCGCCCGAUGUGGCGUGAAUUCUCAGAUCAGUGCUAUUGCCUACGAUCCCGUACAAUCCCUCAUUGCGGUCGGCACCAGUGAUACCCAGUUCGGAAGCGGCCAGAUCUAUGUCUUUGGGCAACGACGGGUCUCGGUGGUCUUUGAGUUCCAGCGGAAGGCGUCCGCGCGGUUCCUUCAGUUUUGCGCCGACAAACUGAUCAGCAUCGACUCCAGGAAUGAGAUCUCCAUAUACUCCUUGAUCACUGGGCGUGCGAUAGUUUCCUAUGCGCCGCCGGGCCAGGUGACUGCCUUGUUAACGGACCCAUGCUUGGAUUAUGCGUUUAUCGGCUUGCAGAAUGGUGAAAUUAUUGCGUACGAUCUCGAUCGAGAGUCCAUGACUCCGUUCAAAGUUCCGAACUUGUGGUUGGAACGAAACCCCCGCGCGCGGUUCUUCCCCGUCGUAUCUCUGGAGUUCUCCCCGCGAGACAUUGGCAAGAUCCUUGUGGGGUAUCCAGAGGGGGCGGUGACUUUUUCAUUCAAGCAAAAUGUUGCUCAAAAGUACUUUAUCUAUGAAAUCCCUCCUGGGGCACCGGGUGGAGACUCCCUGCCGUCCAAAGACGUGCGCAGACCCAAAUUGACCAACGCGAUCUGGCACCCCAACGGUAUCUUCAUUUUGACCGUUCAUGAUGACUCGACUCUAGUGCUUUGGGAUACAAAGGAUGGCCGUAAGCUUCAUGCCCGGACUGUCCAGACGCCCAAUGUCGACCAACCAGGUGCUGGUGGCAGACCGGGCUCACCCGGAGAGGCUCCUGGACCCAAAGAGCCGAUAACAAAGGCUAUUUGGUGCACCAAAGAUAACACGGAUGAAACGGGUCUUCUAGUGGCUGGUGGUCGACUAUCAGGCGAUCAGACCAAGGGCCUCGUUUUCAUGGACAUGGGCCCAACCCCCAAUUAUCAGACCUCCUCCUGGCAAGUACUGUCUACAUACCUCGAGCGGCCACGACGACAGAUGAGUCUUUCAGUCCCGCCGGGAGCUAAGGUUGUGGACCUUUGCCUCAUUCCCCGGUCCUCGCCCUACUUCAAUGGCGCCCAUGAUCCAAUCGCACUUAUCGCUAUGCUAUCCUCGGGUGAAAUCAUUACCUUGAGUUUCCCCAGUGGACACACAAUCACUCCCACUAACAUGCUUCAUCCGUUCCUCACUUUUGUCCAUCCCUUUGUAAACAAAGCUGUGCUUAGUUCCGUUGAUCGGACAGUGUGGCUUGGUCUGAGAGAGCGCCGGCUGCAAGGACCCAAAUUUGCGACGGGCGGCGUAGAAGCGAAGAACCCUCUCAGGCGCUUCGAGAACCGCAAUGUUAUUUCAACUGCACACGCAGAUGGAACCGUCCGUGUCUGGGACUGUGGACACGAUGAUGAGAUUGAGAACCCCGACGUGGUUCAAGUUGAUCUUGCCCGUGCCAUAGGCCGAGUCGGCAAUAUCGAAGUGACCGAAAUGUCUCUUGCCUCAGGUGAGAUGUCUAUUGGACUCAAGUCCGGAGAGGUUGCUAUCUUCCGAUGGGGGAAUAACCCCUCAUACGGGCGCGAGGAGUCUCCUGGUCCCAAUCAAGGGCCAGGAAAACUGACUCCAAUAACUAAUCGAACGGACCCUGGUCUCAAGACGGGAAUGCUACCUCUGACUCUCUUGGAUAUGCAACAAGGUCCGGUGACGGCGUUGAAGCAUGGACAGGUUGGCUUUGUAGCGGCCGGCUACCAAAGUGGUUCAGUGGUCAUUAUCGAUUUGCGCGGGCCCGCCAUCAUACAUACCGCGCAUCUAUCAGACCUUCUCAAAGGGCAGAAGCGGAGUGGUUUCCUCAAGAAUCGUGCCUCGGGUGAAGUCCAUCCAGAAUGGGCCACGCAGAUUGAAUUUGGUGUUAUGACUUUGGACGGCGAAGACUACUCAAGCAUUUGCUGCUUUGUCGGCACAAAUAGGGGCAAUGUGGUAACAUUCAAGAUCCUUCCUGGUGCUAAUGGUACCUACGAAGCUGUUUUUGCUGGAUCAUCGGCCGUUGAAGACAAGGUUAUCAGUGUCAUCCCCAUUGAUGCGGAUUCCGGUGGUCUUGCUUUGGCUACACCAAGUGCAGUCGGAGGCUUGAGGACUGGUACGAAAAUUAAUGGUGUCGUCAUUUGCGUGACUGCCUCUGGCUGUCGAAUCUUCAAGCCCCCAGCAUCAAAGGGUGCCCACAAGUCAUGGGACGACUAUCUCUGCGACUCAGCAGCCGUCGUCAAGACUGAAGGACGAGGCUACAGCUUGGUCGGUCUCUUCGGUGACGGCCAAGCUCGAGCAUUCUCGAUACCUGGUCUUCGAGAUAUUGGUCGCACCAAGAUUGACCAUAUUUCGGAUAUGCGACGUCUCUCGGAAUCUUGCAUCACCCCUACUGGAAACAUCAUGACAUGGGUCGGCCCUUCAGAGAUCGGAAUGUUCAAUGUCUGGGGAAGUGGAAAUCCACUAUACCCUUCAAAGGACAAGCUUUACAACCCAGAAGCCGUGGUUCCCCCGCGUCCUACCAUCACGAACGUCCAAUGGAUCUCCGGUACACAAUAUAUUUCGCCGGCUGACAUGGACAUUCUGAUCGGCGGCCCAGAGCGACCACCAUCGAAGCAGAUGAUCGAGCAAAUGAAAUUCGAAGACCAAGAACGUCGGAAAGCCUUGAGAGAAGGACGGACCCCACCAGCUCAACAGGGUGGCAGCCAGGAAGGCUAUUUGUCUUACAUGUCACGUCAAGUCCAGGAACGCACUGAGCGUCUUGGGAUUGUCGGAGAUAGCAUGGACAGACUAGAGGAGAACAGCAGCGGCUUUGCUAACGACGUUAACAAAUACGUACAGUCACAAAAGAAGAAAGCUGUCCUUGGCAUGCUUGGUUCGAAGUUUGGCUUUUAG